AUGGUAUUCGCACAUGCACCCCCCAAGAACGCAUUCAUUUACUUCGCGGCAGUGGCAGUCCUCCUUUUCAUCAUUGCUUUCGUGCACCAGCAGACCGAACAAAAUGAGGAACUGAGAUCGGUAAUUUCAGGUGCCACAAAUAGGAUCUGGCCUUUCAAAUCCCCCGAGGAGCCCUCAUUCUUUGAGAUUGCUAUGGCCCAGGGCACAGACAAGGUGGACCCGCACCACUACGAGGACAUGUACGAGGUUUAUUUUCCUCCCCUGCGACACAAGAAGCUCAAGAUGCUCGAGAUCGGGCUCGGGUGUGAUAUGGCGUAUGGGCCGGGGGCAUCCUACUACACAUGGCUCGAGUAUUUCCCCAACGUCGAGCUCUACUUCCUGGAAUACGACGCCGAUUUGUUGGAGAAGUUCAUGAAAGAGCACGGCAAAGAUUUCGACAUCAUCAUCGACGACGGGGGACACACCAUGGUGCAACAGAUAACGAGCCUGAAGUAUCUCUGGAAGGCCAUCAAGCCUGGCGGGCUCUAUUUUGUCGAGGACCUCCAGACCAGUUUCGUGGCCGACCGCUGGGGAGGCGGCGACACGGCCAAGAUGGCCGGUCAGGACACCAUGGUCGGCUACAUACAGAAGUUGAUGGCGGGCUUGACGAAUCCCGAGGUCCUCCAGGAGAACUCGAUCGACUUCAAGGAUGUGGAGAAGAUAGUUCACAUUGACUGCGGACAGGAGGUAUGUGCGUUUGUGAAGAGGGGGUAG